AUGUCUGCUUGCAACAUAGUAUUAUUAUUGCUCAAAAAAGAUGAAAUCUUGCAGCAGGAAUUCGACUCCCUGACUAACACCCUCACAGCCCAUGUUAUUGCAGCAAUCUCACCCCAAGUGGCAGCUGUCCUCUCAGCCUCUGAAUUAAUCAAAAUAAGAGCCGAAGAAUUAGCUCAAAUGAAACUAAUGUUAGAAGACUCCCAAAACAUCCCUAAUGCAGCAUCAGAAGCAGCAAUGCUCACAGAAUACGCAGUGGAUGCCGUGUUAAGCAGUAUCUCAAACGUAAAAAAAAACGCAAUUGAAUUACUAACCCCAUCUCUGAGCACUACCCAGCUCAGUAUUAAUCAGUUGUCUACCCUACCAGUCCCUAACCCACCCAGCGAAGCAAAACCCUACAGUGCUAUUGUUCAACAACAUGCUCCACCUUCUGCCCCAAUCUUGGCAGCUUUGAUUUGUGCUGCUACAAGAGAAUGCCAAAUUCUAUUUGAACCGGCCCCAGGAAAAACACUAUUCACCCCCAACGCCAGCCUGGCAGACAUUGCAACCAAAAUGAAGAUGGCAUUCUCAGCAAUACAAACCAAAGGCUCACCUACUAUCAAUGUAAAAGCCACGAUUCAACUACAUAAUGGCAGACUCAUCAUACUCAAGAUCAUUGAAGCACUCGACCUACCCACAUCAAUCAAAGAAAGACGAUUUUCCAUCAUCAUACCAUUCCUACUAAUCUCCUCUGAUGUAGAGGACUCUGUUUGGCUAUGGCUCAUAGAGGAAGAGAAUGACUUGAGUAAUGGAGCAAUAGAAUCAGCUCAUUGGAUCAAACCAAAACUGAGGAGAGCACCUAACCAGACAGUCGCUCAUGCCAUUUUUCACUUUGCAGACUCCAAUGCAGCUAAUAUGGCACUACAGGAUGGCAUAUAUAUCAACAAAGAAAAACUUCACCCUUGA